AUGCAAAGAACACUGAAAAAAGGAAUGAAUGCUCCAACACCUGACAAAAGAGGUCAACACAAAAACAGACCUCAUAAAAUUAAAGAGGAUGUCAUUGCGUGCAUUAUGGAUCAUAUCCAAAAAUUCCCCUCAGAAGAGUCACAUUACUCACAUAAUAAAAACUGUCAUAAAAAAUAUUUGUCACCUAUCCUUAAUAUGGCUACAAUGUAUAAGUUGUACAUCGAAGACUGUGAAAACAGAAAACUGGAUGAUUCUUUCAAAGUGACACUUUCUUCCUAUGCUAAAAUAUUUUGUACAAAGUUCAAUUUAUCUUUUGGCCACCCUAGAAGUGACACGUGUAGUGUUUGUGAUUCAGGGCAAAACACAGAUCUGCAUACAGAAAACUUUAAAGCUGCAUUUGAAUCACAGAGACGUGAUAGAGAAAGACCAUCAAUGGAAGAAGAUACCUGCUAUAUAACUAUGGAUAUGCAACAAACGAUGCCACUACCAAAAUUAUCUACCAGUAAAGCUUUUUACCUUCGCCAAAUGUGGUACUAUAAUUUUGGUAUCCAUUGUGUAACUGCUAGUGGAUCAAAACCUUUUUUUUUCAAUUGGACCGAAGAUGUAGCAAAACGAGGAAGUAUUGAGAUAGCUAGUUGUUUACUCCGAUUUUGUCAGCAGCUCAAAGAAUCUCACAAAAAUAUUAAUCAUCUAAUCAUUUGGUCUGACUCUUGUGCAGGCCAAAAUAAAAAAUUCAGUAUUACCAGUCUCUAUCAAUUUUUAAUUUUAAAUGGAACAUUGAAAGUCAUCGAUCAUAAGUUUCCAGAAGUUGGACACAGCUACCUAGACUCAGACAGAAAUUUUGGCAGAAUAGAAAAAAAACUUAGAAAGGUUGAGAAUAUCUAUGUACCCGAACAAUACCGUGAGCUAAUUAAAUCUGCAAGUACGAAAAACUGUGCUACCCUCGAUAUGGAAAAUUACUUCUAUGACUUUAACGAACUCUCAGGGAAGUGGCAUAUUUGGAAUAAAAAGACUAAUGAUAUGGGACAAAAAAUCUGUUUCAGAGAUAGUGUCAAAUGGAUUAGAGUUGAUGAGUUCGGCAGCUACUUUUAUAAAGAAAAUCUGGAUGAAUAUUCACCUUUUCAUAAAGUAAAUCUAUUUAAAAAAGGAAGUAGGGUGAUACGUAAGGAGGACAAUAUUACACUACGCAGAAUCACAGAGAAAAAAGGUGGACUUACUGCAGAAAAGUUGAGCAACUUGCGUGAACAGUUAAAGUUUGUCAAGAACGAGUAUAAAUGGUUCUAUGAAAAAUUUUUUUAA